GGCAGUAAGAGGCAGGAUUUGAUUGUUAUUUGGCGCUGUUGAACGGAGAAUCCUUCCGGCCAUGCAGAACUUGCGCAACGUCAAGUUGCCUGCUGGGAACGGUGCUGGCAGGCUGGUCCAGGCUGUGCUGUUUGGUGGCGCUGCGAUAUACGGGGCUUCACAGAGUUUGUUCAAUGUGGAGGGAGGUCAUCGCGCGAUCGUCUUCAAUAGGAUCUCUGGCAUCAAGGACAAGGUCUAUGAAGAAGGCACCCACCUUAUGAUUCCUUGGUUCGAGUGGCCGUACAUCUACGAUGUUCGCGCUCGUCCAAACGUAAUCCAGAGCACUUCAGGAUCUCGGGAUUUGCAGAUGGUCAACAUUGGCCUUCGAGUGCUGACGCGGCCAAUGCCUGCGAAGCUGCCAGAGAUCUACCGCACACUGGGCACAGAUUACGCAGAACGUGUGCUGCCAUCCAUCAUCCAGGAAACUCUGAAGAGUGUCAUUGCUCAGUACAAUGCCAGCCAGCUCCUGACGAUGCGUGAGGUUGUCAGUAGAGAUAUCAGGACCCUUUUGACCCAGCGUGCCCAGUACUUCAACAUAGUUCUAGACGAUGUGUCCAUCACCAACCUGACCUUCAGCAGGGAGUACACAGGCGCAGUUGAGGCCAAGCAAGUGGCACAGCAGGACUCAGAGCGUGCCAAAUUCAUUGUGGAGAAGGCUGAGCAGGAAAAGCAGACCGCCAUUGUCCGGGCGCAGGGAGAAGCGCAAAGUGCGAAGCUCAUUGGUGACGCCAUCCAGCAGAACCCUGCAUUUCUCACCCUCCGAAAGAUUGAGGCCGCUCGUGAGAUUGCAAGCACCAUCGCUGGCUCUAGCAACCGUGUGCUGCUCAAUGCAGACAGCUUGCUGCUCAACCUGGACAACAUCACAUAUGAUCUGAAGAAGGCAAAGUGAGCUCAGACUCCAGUGAGGGAGGUAGUGCAAGUGAAUGUUCUUGCGGCAAUCUUUCGGAAGUACCCUCGUGUAAUUGCAGCAUCAUCUGUUGAGAUUCUGUGUCCUCGGCAGUGCAGUACGAGAUUGUCUCUUCGCAUGUGAACUAUUCAUUGCAGACUUCUAGAUGUGUUGAUCAAUCUUUCUAGUGAGUCAAUACACGAUGUAAAAUUCGUGCUUAGGUG